AUGACAAACGAGGAAGCAUCGACUGUAACACCAUCUUGGUCUGCAGAUUUCAAAAGCAGUUUCAAAAGCGGAGACGACAUAUCUAGCAUAGAUUAUAGAUUUGGUGAUGGUUGUGAUGAGACGGAAACUGCAGCUGAGACUGAAACUGCAGCUGAGACAGAAACCGCUCCUGAGAAGGACACCACAGCUAAUAUGGAUGGCAGUGGUAAUAUGUAUGUUGAGCAGCUACCUUUAGUAAAAUGUAGUCAAGUUAUAGAGAAAUGGAGAGAUGCUAUGGGUCUGUACCUUCUGCAGGAAUUUCCAAACAAGAGAUCACUUCAAGAGGUGGUGGAUAGAGCUGCAUUUGGUUGCAGCUUUCGUUAUGUUAUUAAAAAAUCUGAUCGAAAACGGUUGGUGUUAAAAUGUUGUGAAGCAAACUGUAAAUGGGGAUUGCGAGCUGCGAGGAUUCGAGAGACAGAAAUUUUUUCUAUUGGGAGGUACUGGGGUGUGCAUACAUGCUCUCGGACUAAUCAAAGUAAUAGCUGCAACAGCAAGAGGAAAGGAUCUGCAGAAUUAGUUGCAACUUUUUUGAAUGAGGAAUAUCCUGGAAAACUGAUGACUCCUGUUCCGAGAGAUAUCAUAGACUUAAUUAAGUUAAGACUGGGUGUAUCGGUAACUUACUCCACAGCCUUGAGAGGGAAAAAUCUAGCUAUGCGUGUGUUGCGUGGUAAUUCAGAAGACAGCUACAAGAUGUUGCCUAGCUACUUGUACAUGUUAGAGCAGGUUAAUUCCGGAACAACAACAGAGGUGAAGUUGGAUGAGGCAGGUAAGUUCAAGUACCUUUUCAUAGCUUUAGGAGCUUGCAUUGAAGGGUUUAAGGCCAUGAGGAAAGUGAUUCUUGUGGAUGCUACAUUUUUGAAGAACGGAUAUGGUGGGGUACUAGUAUUUGCUAAAGCUCAAGAUCCUAAUCGUCACCAUUAUCCCCUCGCGUUUGCGGUACUUGACGGUGAGAAUAAUGCUAGUUGGACUUGGUUUUUCGAGAUGCUCAAAACUGUUAUACCGGACUCUUCUGAAAUAGUUUUUAUGAGCGAUAGAAAUCAGAGCCUCAUCACUGCUGUAGCUAAUGUGUAUCCACAAUCUCACCAUGGCCAUUGUAUAUGGCAUCUAGCUCAGAAUGUGAGAAACCAUGCUUGUAACACCAUCAAAGCCGUAGUGCCAUGGAGAUUUAUGGAGUUGGCUAGGUAUUACACAGUGCCUGAGUUCGAGGCUGCUUAUGCAUCUUUUAAGGUGAGAUAUCCUUCAGCCUGCAAGUAUUUGGAGGAGAACACUAACAGAGCAACAUGGGCUAGGGUCUACUUUCCAGGUUGUAGAUACAACUUGGGCACUAGCAACAGUGUGGAGUCGAUGAAUACCGCGUUUAGGGACGCAAGGAGGUAUGCCUUGAUACCAUUGUUGGAUACAAUCAUCAAAAAAAUAUCUGACUGGUUUAAUGAACAUCGGAAGGACGCCGUGUCUGGAUCACUUGAUACCAAACUGGUUCCUCUGGUUGAGAUCCAUUUGCACAACUUAUGGGGCAAAGCUGAGAAAACGCCAGUGCGUGAGCUGAAUAGUUAUGAUCUUGAGUACGAGGUUACCGACACUGACAAUGGGAAGGUUUAUUUGGUGAAUUUGAUAGCGAAGUCGUGUAGCUGCAAGGUAUUUGAUUAUGAAAAGUAUCCUUGUCUUCAUGGACUUUCUGCUUACUUAUAUUUCCUUGAGGUUCCUGCUGCUAAUGGUCAUCAACGUGAGGUCAACAUAGAGUAUCAUCAGUUGUGCUCAAAGUAUUACUGGACAUAA